AAAAAUAUAAACCAUGCUUUGCAAUCUUCCAAGCCCAAACCGUUGCAUUGCCUCCUCGCUCCUUUCUUCUUUGUUCUAGACUCUAGUACUGAUGCUAGUAGUCCCUACAAAAGCAAGCUAAACCAAAAAGCUCGUAUCAAAUUCGCUCAUUUCAAUUUCCAGAUCCAGAUCCUGGUCCUAGAUCUACUUAAGUCGUUGUUUAUGUAUCUGUAUAUUGUGUGCGUGCAUGAUCAAUACGCCAUCUUGUACUCUUUUUACUUCUUUUUGUUGUGCUUAAAUCGCUGUUGAUUACAGUGUUGCCCUGGAAGUUGGAUGAUUGGCAUGGCUUCAUCUGGUACAUAUGAAGUUGUUGAAAGGCAUGUUAAGGACAAAGACCACAAGAAAGAUGAAGAUAAAGGUGGAUUUAUUGAGAAGGUGAAGGAUUUCAUUCAUGACAUUGGCGAGAAGAUUGAGGAAGCUAUUGGAUUUGGGAAGCCUACUGCAGAUGUUGCAGCGGUUCACAUCCCUCGUAUCAAUCUUGACAAGGCAGAUAUUGUUGUCGAUGUUCUCAUAAAGAACCCAAAUCCUGUGCCAAUCCCUCUGAUUGACAUAAACUAUUUGAUUGAGAGUGAUGGAAGGAAACUUGUUUCAGGGUUGAUCCCAGACGCUGGGACAAUCCAUGCACAUGGUGAAGAGACUGUCAAAAUACCAGUUAAUCUGGUUUAUGAUGACAUCAAAAAUACAUAUGACGAUAUUAAGCCCGGAAGCAUAGUUCCAUAUAGGAUCAAGGUUGACCUCAUUGUAGACGUGCCUGUUUUCGGUAGGCUAACACUACCACUUGAGAAAACUGGAGAGAUCCCCAUACCUUACAAACCUGAUAUUGAUCUUGAGAAAAUUAAAUUUCGGAGAUUCUCUUUUGAAGAAACUGUUGCAGUUCUUCAUUUGAAAGUGGAAAAUAAGAAUGACUUUGACUUGGGCUUAAAUUCACUAGACUAUGAGGUUUGGCUUUCUGAUGUGAGCAUUGGAGGUGCAGAACUCUCAAAUUCUACAAAAAUUGAUAAGAAUGGAAUAAGUUACAUUGAUAUUCCCAUCACCUUCAGGCCUAAGGACUUUGGCUCUGCACUUUGGGACAUGAUUAGGGGAAAAGGUACUGGUUACACCUUGAAAGGACAUAUUAAUGCGGAUACACCCUUUGGAGCAAUGAAUUUACCCAUCAGCAGGGAGGGCGGUACCACUCGUCUCAAGAAGAACAAAGAAGAUGGUGGGGAUGAUGAUGAUGAUGAUGAGGAAUAAAAAUUGCAUUGGCUGGAGCUCCGAUCAUGAAUUGCUGUCAUCUGUUUCACAGUAGUCGUCCUUAAGAAUAAUAGUUAAAUUUGCACUCGAACUCGUGACUAUUUCGUCGAGUGUUGAUAACUUGAUGUUCAUCUAUUGCAAGCGAAAGUUUAGGGAUUCUAUGCAUUCAUAAUUAUGGUCGUGUUAUUGUGAUGUAGUUGGGCGGUUCUUUUCAGAUUGCAUACCCAUCCUUUUAUCUGUUGAGACCUUUGGAAUGAAAUGGACAAAACCCAGGAAGUAUUUUUCCGUCAA